AUGCUGGACUCGCAUCGCCUCACAGCGGCCCUGGUCGCCAGUUUGACGCUCUUUCCGGGCUUGUCGGAUGCUUUCUGGCGUCUGCCCUGUCGUGGCCGCGCUGGUGUUGCCCGCCUGGAUCCUAUCGUGGACCCCAAUACGAUCUCCAACCAUGUCCAUGUGAUUCACGGAUCAGGAAGUUUCGGCAUGGAUUCGAAUACGGAAUCUCUGCUUGACUCUGACUGCACAUCCUGCGCGGUAAAGCAGGACAAAUCCGCUUAUUGGACCCCCGCCCUCUACUUUAUGCACUCUAACGGCAGUGCCGAAAUGGUGGAGCAAGUCGGUGGCAUGCUUGCAUAUUACCUUCAGUAUGGCGACAAUAUCACGGCCUUCCCAGACGACUUCCGCAUGCUGGCCGGUGACCCCUAUCAACGAAACUUCACCUGGCCAGUGCCCGACCCUCCCAAGUCUUCCUGGACCGGCGAUGCCAUCUCGCAAGCGGCUCUGCGUCAAAAAGCUCUCGGCUUCAACUGCCUGCACUACGCUUCCGCCCCCGAGGGCUCCCUCUACCGCCACUUCUUGCCAGACAAGAAGUUCCUGGACGAGUACUGUACCGAUGGUAUUCGUCUUGAGCUACUCUUCCCUUCGUGCUGGAACGGCAAGGAUACCGAUUCUCCCGAUCAUCGGUCGCACGUUGCUUACCCUACCCUCGGCAACGGCGGUACUUGUCCCAAGGGCUUUGAGACCCGUCUGGCGACUCUCUUCUUCGAGACCAUCUGGAACACCUACGCUUUUAAGAACCACGACGGAUACUUCACCCUGGCGAACGGUGACCCUACCGGGUACGGGUACCACGGUGACUUCAUGAACGGCUGGGAGACUGGUGUGCUGCAAAAGGCUCUGGACACCUGCACCGAUCCUUCGGGUGAGGUGCAGGCUUGUGGUAUCUUCGAACUCCAGGAUGAUAACGCUCAGGGCAAGUGCCAUAUUGAUAUCCCCGCGGCUAUCGCGCAUGAAGACGUCAUGAUGCACGAGCGAGGCAUUCCCGGCCCAAUGGAGAUCUCGUGGGGACCUGAGUACGCCGCCAUGGAUAUGAAGCCCUCCGGAUCGUCUGCCUCAUCUGGCCACAGCUCAAAGUCCUCUUCUUCCUCCUCCUCCACCACCACCACCACCACCUCCUCCUCGGCAGAGCACAGUGUCCCAACUAUUGCCGUGCCCGCCGUCUCGAUCGGCCAGACCAUCGACGUCGGCAAGAUGCUUGGCCAUGCCGAUGCGGUCAAGACUGUCGAACCGGCGACUAGCGCAAGCACUACCGCUGCUGCCGUAGUGACCUCUGGUCCUGCACCGGCUUCUUCUGUCCUGGUGGAUGCCUACCCCGAGAUGAUCAUCUACGUGCAACAGGAGAUGGUUGUGAUGCUUGGUGACAACGGCGUGCCCAUCGCCACCACCACGGGUGCCCUGCGCACCGUCUCCAGCACUCUCACCACUGCCCUGGAGACUUCUACUGUUGUCGCGAAUGUUGUCAAGAGAGAAGCUACUCCCCCAACGCUCCAGGAGCCCGACAUUCAAGUCGAGGUUCUUGUUGGCAGCGCUCAGAACCGCCACCACGGCCACGUUCACAAGCGUCAUGGUCACUAG